AUGUCGGCGCCAGAAACAACCAUCCCGGAUCGCGCAUUGCACGAUGCAAUCAUUUUCGCUCUCUCGCUCAACACUCAGUCUGAGAAAGAAGAAGCCCUGAAUGUAGCGCUCAAAAGCUGGAAAAGCGAUGGCGACGAAACUCGCUCUCCUCACCUGCUCGUUCACAUCCUUCAGAACAUGUACAAGCUCCCAGAGCUACCUACAGGCCUCAAAAACCAAGACGCUUCCGACUAUGAUACGCUAAGAAAGGUCUGCAAAGAGCUCAAAUUCACGCUACUUUUCGCGUCCGUGAAGAAAUUGCUCGGCUGCAAUCUCUACGUGGAAAACCGCCAUUAUCGGAGGUGGGAAAACAGCCGCCCUAAGAUCGAUCCGAAAGACGACACCUGCACCAUCACCGUCGACCAGCUAAAGCUGAUGCGAGUUGUCGACUUGAAAGGAAAGCCGCGUGAAUUACGACUACCAGUGCGAGAUACUGAAGUCACCCAGAAGGAGGCCUUCACACAUGAGACUGCUAAGAUUGAGAUUGAGGACGGUGGCAACGAGAUGGGAGGUGCGAGUGAGGCUUCGUUAUUCCACCAACAUAUCAAGACUGCGCUCGUCAUCAUUCCUCCACACAAAUUCCGCGCCUUCGAUAUUCGCAACCGUUUCGCGCUCAGUCCCGAACGUAAGGGAGUCGAAGCUGCUCUCUUCAUGGUCCCUGGAUUCGAAUAUGCGAAAGCAGAGCCCAUCGUCAAGUUGCUCAAUGAAGCUACGGAGAAAGUGCGAGCACCCGACGCAGGCCCGGCUAGUCUUCCGGAACUACAGAGGCUCUGCAAGCUUUUGCUCGAAUACCACGAUCCAGGCCAUUACCGCAAAGAGCGACAAGUCUUCAUGUGCGCCAGGUUUCCCCUGAUACCCGGGGAGGUGUUGGAUCAGCUGACCGCUGUGUGCAUCGAGCUUGGCUCCGCGGAUCUGUGGCAGAAGGCUAUGGAACAGCUCAGUGCCUCUUUCCAACGUCAAGUACGCGCCGAUCUGACUAUCGGUGCGAUAGGUCGCUUGGUGUACAAGACACAAGAUGCCGAGCAUCUGAAGAAGGCAGAUGGGCUCGUAAAGUCCCAGAAUGGUAUCAAAAAGAAGAUGGAGAUGUGUGAUAGCGUCCAGGCAGUAUACGACCGAGCUCGCGACGCAGACGAGUAA